AUGCUUAACUAACCACUCAAACCAAGCAAUAAGGUUGUGUCUCUUCAUGCUAUAAUGAGUAACAUCAAGAAAUAGAACAAACAAAAGCCAAGAUCUAUGAGUUAUCAUUCGAAUCAAAUAAAAUCAGAAGGACAAUCGAUUCUGUUAAGAGAUGAUGAUUAGAAAAAACUCAAUGACCAGAUCAGAUAAAAAGAUGAACUCAUUAAUUAAUUGUAAUCAUAGUAACAGUCCUUUCGUAAAUAACUCAAUGAGAUAUUUGAAGUCAAUCAUGGUAAUGAUGAAUCACUCAUUUUACACAUUUAUUCAUCUGUCAUAUAAUUCAAAAAGGAUAGAACACAACAUUUACAACAACAAGAAAUUAAUAACAAAGUCAUCCUCCAUUAUAAGGGACUACUAUAAUAAAGCACUGAUCUUAUUGCAAAUUAAGAGGAAUAGUUAUAGAAUCAUUAACAAUUAUUAAUUACAUUAACUAAUUAGAUUAAAGAAAAUUCAAUUUUAUAACAUUUGAAUACCUCAAAUUAAGAAAAAUAAUAGAUAUCCAAAUUUGAAUCAAUGUAAAGCUAAAAUGAUAAAUUUCGAAAUGCAAGUCUUAUAACUACUUUUCGAAAAGAAGAUUCCUAUCAAUAUAGCAAAUUAUAAAAUGCAUGCAAAUUAUUAUCAUCUAAUCCAGAAGAAAUUGAAGAUGAAAUUCUUCAAUUCGUUCGAGAUACAUUGCAAUUCUAUUAAGCAAUCGGAAACCAAUAAAUCUACUCCUUUAUUAAAAGUUAGUUUGAGAAUGAAAGAGUACAAUUAACGUUUAAUCUAAAUUAAAUUAAUAAUGAAGUUAUCAAAGUGCUGAUUAACAAAUUCGAUUUAGAUGAUGAUAUUGAAUAGGAAAUGGAACAGUUAAUACUUUUGAAAUAAAUUAAAUCUCAUAAUAAUUAGAUAUUACAAUAAAUUGAUUAGUUGGGGGAAUAUAUUAUAGUUAAAUUACAAAAUUAUAAACGAAAUGAAAUAUCGAGAAUCAUGUUGAUACAUAACUUAGUUAAUUUAAAGAAAUAGAUAAUAAAGAAACAUUGA